AUGUGCCGCGUCGUACUGCUCGACCAGACCCAGUACGUCAACCAUCAAUUGGGAGCGGGGCUCCCAAGAAUCCCAGGACGGGGGAUAGCCGCGCCACCGGACGAGGUAACUCGUCCGACGUCCAGUUCACGUCGCGGUGGUUCAACAGCUGCUCAACUAGAUAGCGCUGGCCACCGCGAGAGUCCUCUAAUGGAGGUGGAGGAGGAGGAAAGACGCUCUCCACACGAUCAUGUGGAUCGGUGUGUUCCCGAGAGCUUCUUUGAUCGCGUAACGCAAGGGUUACGCGACGAUCUCGAACAUGAGCGGAAUAGGCGUCUCCAGAUGGUGGACACUGCCUCGAAGCAUCGAGCUGAGUUUGCCUUUGCUCAGCUUGAGAACGAGAGAUCUCUGACAUCUCUUCGUGACGAGCUAAGGGUAGCUCGUGGGAUUGUUGAUCGGUCUCGGGCUGAGAUAACUGCUCUUCAGACCCUUGUUGAUGCCCACCAUCGGGAGCACAAGGCUCUCUGCGAGAUGCUUGAGCGCAAGGGCGUUCUUCAUCGGAAGAAGCAGCGUACUGAUGGUACGGCUUAA